GCCUCGACUUCUUCUCUUUGCUAGCUUUCAAACAUCCUCGUCAACAUGCCUGAAGGCUGACAGCAAACUGGUUUAGCUGGGUUACAGAGAAAAAAACACAAUGUGUCACAACUCUCUCAGCAGGUCCCACUCGAAUUAGAGGCGCGACAAGAAAAGCAGCGACGGGGAAUACUUCGAGGAAGGCAAAAUGGCCCAUUUAGGGUUUAAACGACGGGACCCGUGAGACCUUCGUUACGUUAGCUGGCCAACAACAUGGCACGUCGCUCUCAAUGUUCUUCUGCAGGGGAUAACCCCCGCCACCCCAAUUACCUUCCUCCUCAUUACCGGGAAGAGUACCGUUUGGCAAUUGACGCACUGGUUGAGGAAGACCUGGAGGGAUAUUAUGAGUUUCUCCAAAGAGCAGAUGUGGUGGACUUCCUGUCCACAUCUGAGAUCCAAUAUAUACAGAGUUCGAUCCACGUUCCUCAACAGAGCAACUACCAAGAGCAAACUUUUAUAGAGACUGGAGGUGAAAGUUCCUCUGACACAUACUGGCCCAUCCACUCAGACUUGGACGCUCCCGGCCUGGACCUUGGCUGGCCUCAGCUGCAUGUUUUUGGUGGACCUACAGAGGUCACCACUCUGGUUAAUCCUCCUGAGCCUGACAUGCCGAGUAUUAAGGAGCAGGCUCGGCGACUUAUCAAGAAUGCUCAGCAGGUGAUUGCCAUAGUGAUGGACAUGUUUACUGAUGUCGACGUGUUUGCUGAUAUUUUGAAUGCUGCUAUGAGGAACGUGGCGGUCUAUAUUCUUUUAGACGAGCAGAAUGCACAUCACUUCAUGAACAUGGUGUCUAACUGCAGAGUAAAUCUUCAGAGUAUCCAACUGCUACGAGUAAGAACUGUGUCUGGCAUCACGUAUCAUUGCCGCUCAGGGAAAUCCUUCAAAGGUCAAAUGAUGGAUCGCUUCUUGCUGACAGACUGCAGGGCUGUACUCAGUGGAAACUACAGCUUUAUGUGGUCUUUUGAGAAGCUACACCGUUGUAUGGCACACCUUUUCCUUGGACAGCUUGUAUCAACUUUUGAUGAAGAGUUUCGGAUCCUUUUUGCUCAGUCGCAACCACUCUUGCCUGAUGUUCCUGUUCCAAUGGAAGAUGUUGGCCUCUUACAAAAGAGGCCAUACCCAAGUAAAAGAACCUCUCUCUACAGAGAGCCCAGGAAAUUUCUACCAAUGGACAUUGGUACUCAUGCAGAGGACUGGGCUAAACCCUCAUAUGAGGAACAAAUUGAAACAGAUUGGAGAAUGCUACCCAAUAGGACUUUACAUGGUUCUGCCGAUGUGUACAGUCGAUUUCCAGGUGGAAUGGAGCCGCAUUUCAAUCAAGGUCACUCAAAGUUUCCCAUGAUGGAAAGCCCUGUCCUGAAACGUCACAGCUAUGUUGAAGGGGCUCAGGGCAGGUACAAUUAUCCAUUCCUUGCUCAACCCACAACAGAGUUUGAGGCCAGGGGAAGGCUGUUUCACAGGGGUCAGCCAUCAAAUGUGGGGGCAGGUCCAGAACUGGAUUAUAGCGGCCCUGAGAAAUUCUGGAGCCAACAAUAUCAUUCAGCGGAUCAGUAUUCUGAACCAGGAUUGCCACAAGAGAUGGAGCCAUUUGAUAACUUUGACCCUGUGCUUAACUAUUUAUCAUCUACCAGGAAUGUGGACUUUGAGCAGGUAUCAGAGAAAUUACAGCCUCCUCCAGAUUUACAGUUAGGUUCCCAGCAUCAGAGGUUGAAGUGCUCGGUAUCUCCCACUCCUCCAAAUACAACGGAUGACAAGCAGUUUUUCCAAGAGCCUAACACUGACCGCAAAGACCCCAUGGUAAAACGAGGGCUACGAAACUGGAGAAUUAACUCUUACCUCAGUGCAUUUGAUAAUCCAGACGAAGGCCUGCCAAUGGUACAACCUCAGGCACCAGAUCCUUUUGAGGAUCCCUCCAACCCUGUACAGCAAACACAACCAGUGAUAGAGUUAUCUAUUCCUAAAAUUCCAAAUGUACGAGAGUUUAAGAUUCCUGCCAUACCGCGAGCAAGUCAGUUGCCAAGUUAUGCCAAAGCUUUUGUACUAGAUCCAGAGCAGUCAAAGAAAUUGCCAGAUGAAAGUGUGAAGAGUGAAGAAACUGUGUCAAUUGAAACCAAAACUACGCCAACACCCUCAGAAUCAUCAUCAACAACUGAGGGGGAUAAACCAGAGGAGGCAGAACAAAAAGAAUCAAACACUGCAGUUCGAAAGGAGGAGUCAUUUCGGAGGAAAUACAAUGCAGCAAUACCAAGGAGCUCGAGGUUAAGAUCUUCUCUGAUAUUUAGCUCUUUAGAGCAGCAUACAACAGGGCAACAAGAUGAGGAAGGUGACAAAAGUGAGACAGAGCAGGCAAAACUACCCUUUGCUUCUCAAGUUUUGGGACAAAGAAGAUCAGGCACAAGAGAAUCCUAUGGAUGGAGUCGUUACUUAAAGUCAGCAACAUUUGAUAACUCUAUGCCAGAAGCUUCCAAACAAGAUGGAAGCAAUAAACCAGAGGAUAAAGACUCCUCAAAUGAAGAUUCAAAGAGCUCCACAGAACACCUUGAGGUACAGGAGCCAUUAAAACUGCCAAAUAUUGAACAAGGAAAACUCUCUCCAUCAAUGUCCAGAUUGAAGACCUCAGAAUCUGAUAUGGCAAAAACUGAUCACCCACCCAAGACUUUGGUCACCGAUCCACUGCCUGUGGACAUGAGUGAUCCUAAUAAGAGACUGAUGUUUUUUAAAGAGCUGGCAGCUAAACGUAAAGCUGCAAUGGCUGCAGAAGCUGAAAAGAGCACUCAAAAGGUUCAGAUAAAAACACCAACUGAUCCUAAUAUCCCUGUUAAAAAAGAGGGCACACUUCCAAAUCAUGGAAAGAGCGAUACCUCUGCACAAACGUCUGAAGCGCCGAUCUCAUUAUUGUCAGAUGUCACUACAAAGGAUUUAAGUAAAACCCUAUCCACACAACCACCUGUUGAUGGCAGUGAUGAGAUAAACAAGCAUGAGUGCCAGGUCAGUAAUGUAUCAGCUAUCCCUCAUAACGCAAAGAGUGAACAACCCAGAGUUUCAACUGAUUCAAAGAAGGUAGAAAUGAGGAACAGCCAAACAGCAGCAUCUUUAUCUGUUUCUGCAGAAACAGAAGCCCUUCAUUGGGAUUCAGAAGACCCAGAGCUUCAAAAACCUGCCUUAAGUGAGUGUAGCUCUAGUCUACAAGCCAUUAUAACACAAGAAAAACAUGCUAAUCUUCCAUCGCUUGAGCUUAGUAGUGAUGCAAGUGUAACAUCAGUUCUUGAUUCUACCUCUAAUGAGUCCGCUUUAUCUGCUCCCAGUUUGGGCAAUUCAUCAUCAUCUUCUGCAUCUGCCAGGCUUAAUUCUAACAUCCAAAAUCAAGAGUCAUCAUAUUUAGAAAACAGUGUGACAUUGCCCCCCCCGUCAUCAGAAUCUAGCAUAGUAACACAAUCAGAUGCGAAAAGCCCUAACUCCAAACACUCUCUAUCCAUUUCUGGUCUUCAAAUUACAUCCAGUCCUCAUGACUCUAACGUCAACUCUGCAUUGAGCCUACUGUCCCUAACGUCUGACAGAAUAGGCCCAGAGAAACUUGUCAGUGCCUCCCCUCAGGGAUCGUCCCAAUCUACCGACGAAACGUCACAAAAAUCUAGCCCCUCUGUAAGCAAAAAAGAAUCACAGUCUUCAGACCAGAUAGAUUCUAUUUCACACUCACUUAUAAGUGCUGCUGUAGAUGACUCUGGGCAGCAGAAUUCUGGUGCUUCUGAUAAAAACGACGCCUCUGAUUCAAAGCCAAACCCAUCCUCAUUACAACCAAUCCCAAAGACAAACACUGACAAAUCAAGUUCUCUUUCACAUGAUCCCCUCACCCCAAAGGUUUCUGUAGAAAAUGCCUCUGGGCAAAGUCCACUUGUAGAGGAAUCUUGGGUGUCAUCCAUUGAUGUUCCAUCACCCACAAAAGACAUCAAAAGUGACAUCCUAACGCAUAGCCUUAGCUCUACAUCAUGUGAACCCAAUCUACUGGUUUCCCAAAGUCACUCAAAACUCAGCCUAGCAGACCCAUCUCAUGAGCCACCAAGACAAGCAAAUUUUCUCUGUGAACCUAAAACAGAAUCAACAACUUCUGCUGAAACAGACUCAUUUUUGUUUUUGUCGGAGUCGGUUACGGCACAGUCCCAAACGGAAGGUUUCAUGCCAACAUUGCAUGGUUCCUCUAAUGAAACCCUUUUAACAAAUGGGACUUUAGCUAAUGUCAACACAGUGCCAAUGCAGUCUACCUCAGUUGUCACAUCUGUUGCUACAGAGCCUGGUCUGUCCAGCAAAAAGCCAGACGCUGAUAAUUCUGAAGUCUGCAAGCCAUAUUUAGCUGCACCCCUUGCAGAUAGUGAUAUGUGCAGCCAGAUUGAUGUCAGCCAAGAAUCAAAAUUGUCUGAGCCUUGUGAGAAUACGACUGAGGAUAGUGAUGGUACAAAUGCAGUAAAGAAGAGUACUGCACUAGAAUGUGGCUGCAGUGAAAAAGGCAAUGAACAGACAGGACAAAGUAAGACAGAGAUUACCGCAGAUGAAAGUGUAUUGUCGUCACAACAACAGUCCAAGCUGCCAAAGUCCAGCCAGUCUCGCUACCAUUCGUCAACUGCCAACGUGCUCUCCAGCAGCAACCUCAGAGAUGAUACAAAGCUGCUGCUCGAGCAAAUUUCAGCAAAUAGCCAAAGCAGGAAUGAGUCUACUAAGGAGUCGCCUGUCACCGAUGAUGAGAAAGAAGAUGAAGCAGACAAAAAUGCUAAAAGGGACAAAGAAAGAGAGAUCAGUUCACUAAGCAGCAGCCAGUCAACUCAGGACCGUGACAGGUUGCUACAUAAACUCCAAAGCAUGAGGAAGGAGAGAAAAGUUUACAGUCGCUUUGAGAUGGCUCCUUAACUGGGAAACUGAGAAGGAUGAGAGAAAACGUUAGAGACUGAAAUAGAGUUGAAACCCGGUAUACUGACAUGACAUGAACAGUAAAGCAAAAUAGGGUAGGAUUUUUAUUUUUGAAUCACCAUCAUGUUUCAUCAGUGUGACGUACAUGGACUGACCGUCGAGUAUGUGCCUAUGCAUAUGUAUGUUUGCAUGGAUAACAUGUUUUUACUGACAUGGAUGGGUGAAGUGCAAUUGUUUUAGCUGUUUUGAGGUACCCUGUGUACUUACUUACCUUUUUACGACGGGGACAUCCUUUACAUAAUGUUAUCUCAAAAUUCAUUUUAUUAUUCUCAGCAAAAAACAACCAAAGUCCAGGUACAAAGUCAAGCUAAUGCUAAUCAUGUGAGCAACAGAAAGGGCAAGAACUGAACUUGUCAAGUAUGGUCUGCCAUCUAGUGGGUCUUCGUUGAACUCCAGUGCUCACUCCUUGUACAUUGUUGCUUUCAUAACUUAUAACAAAAAGUUACCACAUCGGUGACACUCUAGAAGAAUGACACACUUCUACUUAACGGCCUCCAUCAGACCACGGUGCUGUGUGAAAGCAUGUUGUUUUUGCCCUGAAUAUGCACCAGUAGACACUGAGGAGGAGGAAGAGACAGAGACUUAAAACUGCUUGCGAUUAGAAUUUGUCAUGGAAAUGAUACCAUUAGUGUGUAUGUGACUUUAUAUCUAUUCAUGGUUGUCACUAUUUACAAUAGGUAUUUAACAAUAUCAGUUACAGGAGGACUGUAACUGAUAAAGACAACCGAAUCGUGAUGUAUAUUAGUGAACAGCGCACUAUAGACCAUAGUAUAUAUUUUUUCUUUUUUUUAACUGACUAACAUAUAAAUGCAAUAAAAGCAUAUUUGAGAAGCUCCAAACAAUCACCAAGUUACAAACAAAAAAUUUUCAUCUGUUCACUCCUAUGGAAACUUCUCAUGCUGCCCUUAGUAUUUCAGUUGUUUUGUAUGGACUUCAUUUCAUAAUGUCUUAACUGCUUUUAUUUGUACACAUUUUCAGUCAUAUUCCUGUCACAACAACACAAAAAGAAGUAAAUACCAGUUGACUUUCUACAUUUUCCUUGAGGGACCUCAAAGCCUGACCAUGGAGGAGUAAAUGAAUGAAUGCUGGGUUUUAUUUUAUAAUUUAGAGGAUUUUAGCUUUUUCUGUCCUCGGAAAAGUGCCUUUUGUAUGAUUUAGAAAAUAUGCAUUUUCAUAGCAACUCUGUCAAAUGAAACAAACUAACAAAAUGACACAUUGUUUUUAAGACAUUUGAAAGAUAACAGAUCUUUUAAACCACUUGAUGAAAAUAAAAACCUUUAUAAUGUCA